AUGACUUCCAACACGCGAAUUUCGAAUAAAACCAUUAAAACUCCAACUAAAGCGGGAGAAGAAAAAGGAAAAGAAAACGUGACCGAGCUUGAUGAGGGAAAUGCUAGUACUAGGAUCGAACAGCGAGACCCGUCAUGGGACGUCUUGGACGAAGGAGAAUCAGAGGUCGAUUCGGACUGUGGACAGAAAGUCAACAACUCAGGCCCAGGCACGAGCGAUGUCGAUUCCCCUCUCCGAGACACAGAUAACUCGGUUAUGGUUUCCAAUGCAGUCAAGAAAAGAUUUGAAUUGCUAUACACCUCUCGUCGCGGUACCUAUCAAGACCGCCUUGAUUUUAGGGAGAAGUAUAAAGACCAAAAAUGCGAACGAUGCACGGAGUUAUUCAUGGAUUGCUUCAUGCCGAAGGCGAGGGAACGACAGAUACCUUGUGAGGGAUGUCGUAAAAGCCGUCAGUCUUGUAGUAAGGUCCAUCUGUACAGGCGAGAGCAUGUGAUGAGGGCUAUGAAGAUUGAUGAGGAGAUGUUUUAUUCGUUGUUUUUGGAUUAUCAGGAAAAUUUAAAUGCUGGGGAACAGAAAGGAAGGAAGGGAGGACGUGGUAGAAGGGAUGUUGAAGAGGACGAGCUCGAGUCUUCUGACUCUGAGGAAGAGUGGGUUGCGAAACCAAGUUCGAAGAAGAGGAAGAACGCGGAUGAUGGCGCGCAAGUGGCCGCGAAGAAGGAAGUGCGAACCAAGCCUUCAGUUUCUCCUCUGAAAAUGGAAGUCUUGAUCGUCACAAGCGAGAAAAGUGGUAACAGGAAGCGCCGGGAAGACAAGAUGAAGCAGAAGAAGAGUCCGCGCAAAGUGAGAGCAAACGGUGAAUCACAACAGGCUAUCAACUCCGGACACAGAACAUACCGAGAAGAAAGCGACCUCAAUGACGAUUACGGCGAAGACAGUAUCUCCGAGCGAGGUGCAGAUGUUACAGACGAGAUCCAGAUUCUCGAACCCACCACUAGCGAGGCUACCAUCAGAGAAAAGCACAUAAAGCAGAAGGAACAGCGGACUGGUUACAGUACCCGUUCUGCUGCUGCUUCUCUUUCGAAGUCAACAGGAAGUAAUCUCGCUCUGAUUAGCGCCAAGUUGAGCACAAUGCCACUUGUGUCUAGCCCUCCUGUUGCGGGCAUAUUGACCAUUUCCGAACCAGUUCCACCGGCGACGUCCCCACCAGUGUCACCAUGGCAGGCCGUCACAACUUUGCCAGUUACAAGUUCCUCUUUAGCCCUGAAUCGGAACCAACGAUCGACUUCCAAUUUUACCCAAGCCAGGUUACACUUGCAACUCGUCCUGGGAGAAUUGGGAGUCAACCGUAUCAAACGACAGGUGGAAGACAUUUCCAGUGACUUGCGAUACCGACGCAUCGCUGUGGAAGAGACACUGAAGAAAAUCGAUGAAGUCGCGGUUAGGCUUGGAAAAAGUGCUGAUCUGUGGGAGCAAGUGAAUUGUUGA